AUGCAAGGCUUCCAUAAUCUGACUCGCCGACUGGACACUUCACAACAGUCACCAAGUCCAGUAGUCGCUCCUCCUGUGGCCGUUCCUGUGGGUUCUCCUGUCGUGAUGGGUAAUGUACAUAAGUCCCAUGAACCGAAAAUUUCUUUCCCCGAAAAAUUUAAUGGGGAUAGAUCCAAAUUUUUUGUCUUCCAGGAGGCAUGCAAAUUGUACCUUAGCUUCUUUCCUCAAUCCUUUCCAACUGGUGAGGAGAAGGUCAUGGGAGGUAAGAACCAGACCUUCAUUCAACAAAUACUACUUUUGGGGUUCCAAGUUCCUAACAGCUUUAGAAUUCCCGUCUUCCUCUUGGUGAUUGUAUUGUACAGUGUCACACUAACUGCCAAUGUCACAAUUGUUAGUCUGGUUUCAUCAAACUCCAGUCUGCAUCAUCCAAUGUUCUUCUUCCUCAGUCACCUUUCUUUGUGUGACAUUAUACUGAUGACCACUGAUAUUGUGCCUGUAAUGUUGCACGGCAUACUUGAAGGUGGAGUAACCAUGGGGACUUCUGCCUGCAUAACCCAACUUCUGUUCCAUGGUUCUGCAUUAACCUCAGAGUGUCUGAUUCUUGCAGUGAUGUCCUAUGACAGGUAUCUGGCUAUUUGCAACCCAUUACACUAUGUAACAAUCAUGUGCAUUAAUCUUCAGCUUUACCUUGUUAGUUUCUGUUGGUUUCUAAGUUUCACAAUUUCCAUUGUUCCUGUAAUUUUUAUUAGUAAACUGGAUUUAUGUGCUUCACAUACCAUUAAUCAUUUUUUCUGUGAUUUUGCCCCCCUCUUACAACUUUCCUGCUCAGACACAUCACUUGUAGAAUUGGUAGACACUGUUCUGGCCGUUCCUUUGUCUCUGUUUCCAGUCCUAUUUAUUAUCAUAACAUACAUCUGCAUAUUCAAUGCUAUUCUUAGAAUUCCAACCACCACAGGGAGACACAAAACUUUCUCUACUUGUAGCUCUCACUUGACCAUUGUAACCAUGUUUUUUGGGACACUGAUUGCAGUUUAUGUAGUUCCAUCAAACGAGAACUCAUUAGUUUCAAAAAAAAUUAUUUCCCUGCUCUACACUGUGGCGACCCCAUUGUUAAAUCCAUUAAUUUACAGUUUACAGAACAAGAAGAUAAGGACUGCAUUUCAAAAAUACUUGCAGUGCAUGGUUUUGUAG